UUUCGGAUGAAGGAAAUAUAUACUAGCUGGGCUAUAUGCAGGAUGGUUGAGCUCCAUGGGCGAGUACUGUACAUAUGAAGCAAGCUCUCAAUGUGGGAGGGUUCGUGGGGGAACAGCGGGGACCAUGGUGUUGACCCGUCAUAGGCAUGUCGCGCGAAGUCUGACGCCAUUCGACAGCGCGCUCCCCGUAACACCCUCUCACCUUCGUUCUCCCUCGCAUCAACCACCCCUACAGCGACCCCACCAUUCAUCGUCAAUCGAGGUCAGGGAAAAACUCACAAAAUGAGCCUCCCCCGCGAAGUCCUCAAAUGGCUGCAAAGCCUCGACCUGUCCUACCCCGUGCGAAACCCGAAACGCGACUUUCAAAACGGCUACCUCGUCGCGGAGAUUUUCUCCCGGUACUUCCCGGGGGACGAUCUGCUGAACGUCGACCUGCUGUAUACGGGCGAGGGGAGCGUGCAGAAGGGGAAGAACUGGGAACAAUUGGAGAAAUUCUUUAAAAAACACCAGAUCCACAUCCCACCGACCGCGAUCCACUCCGUCUCGCAAGGCCACGUCGACGCCGCCGCGAUGCUGUUGGAGGAACUGUACAGUGUGCUCACCAAGCGGCGGUUGCAUGGCCCGAGAACAAAAGACGCACCCAAACUCGCCGCCGACCAUGUGCCGCAUUUCCAGCUGCCGACGACGGCGAAUAUCAUUCGGUCCGUGGACGGGUCGCCGGAGAAGGCGAAAGUGAUACUGGAGGCGCAUCGCGAGUAUAUCAAGAGUAUGCGCGUCCUAGCUCACACCAAACAACCCACCAAACCCCGCGCGGCGUCACCCACCCUCACACGGAGCACGACCACGACGACGCAGCCGGCCAUCCAAACGCAACCACCAAAGCAGUCGCAAGCUUCGUACAAGGACAUCCGCACGGGACUCGACCAUGUGCCUGUGCAGCAGAUCCGGGUUCAUCAGAACUUGGUGUAGGGGUUGCGGGUCUGAUGUUGGGUUGGGUUUGGGAACUAUGCGGGGGAUUGAUCGCGAUGCUGGAGGUGGGGGGCGGGGUAUUUCCCGGCGUGGGAUGGAUUGCCGGACCCAGCCUGUCUG